AUGUCGGCCCCAACUGGCGUUCGUGGCCUUCUGGCGAAGUUCGAAAACAACAACGUCAGCAACAUAUCUACAUCUCCUCCGUCUCGAGGCCGUUCUCCCGCUGGGUCAGACCACUCAUCCGCCGCCCGUCCGCUAUCCAAGGUCCGCGCCAGCUUCGUCGCCGUCGAACGCAACAUACCAGGCAGCUCUGGGUCCCCUCUGCUCGGCCUGAAAAGAGUUGGUGAAGCUGGAGAUUACUUUGGGGCUCCAAGGAGUGUUGCAGACGAGAUGGGGAGCCCAAUUGACAGAAACACCACCCGCACGCCGGUAGACAGCACCUCACCGAGGAAAUGGGGGACGCCCCAGCAGCAGAACAGCCUCGACGGGGUCGUGUCACCUCGCAAGACCUCUGAUUCUAUCGUCUCGAACGUCGAGCCUGACAAAACCGCUGUCGGCGGUAAGUCGAAGUCCGGAUUGGGUGUCAUCUUGAAGGGGUCGCCCUUUGAAGACUCCAGCGCACCCCCGAGUCCGGCCAAGGGGCAGCAGUCCAAACAGACAGCAAAGAAUAAGGACGAUAAACCGAACGGGAAGCCCAAGGCUGUUACUCCUGCUGCAUCUGGUACACCUACUUCUACCACUGCUAAGAGCAGUUCACAACGUCCAGUCAACAACAAUACGGAAAAGAGCACAGGCCAUGCUCGCACUCAUGGAUCCAUGCUCGCUCCAGCUGCGUCAUCCACAGCAAAGCCCAACGCAUCGCCCUCCCGGCCCUCAAGCCGAAACAGUACUUCUGCCAGCACCGCAAAAGCCCAAGCUCUCAGCCGCAAACCGUCAACCUUAAGACCUUCUGCCCCUCGAACCACAGGUACAUCCAAACCUUCAGUUCCAUCCGCCACCACAACCACGGUUCGCAAACAAGGUUCCCGAGCCUCCCUCGCACCACAGCAUACUUCCUCCCACGACAGACCGACUUCUCGCGCCAGCAUCCUCAGCUCUCGACCCGUCGAUGACUCCUCACUGGCGAGACUAAUACGACCAACCGCCAGUUCGGCGAAUAAGAGACAGGAGAAGCUAGACAUCACCAGCCCUCCCAGGCUCGCUAAAGCACCAAGAAAACCGGCGGACAAGGCACCCCAUACCGGAAGCCCUGUGAGAACCAAAUCGACUAGGCUGUCUGUACGACCGGCUGGCGACGAGCAUGCUCGUGAAACCGCCCCAACAGAAGUGGCGUCAUCAAAACCUGCUGAACCGGUUUCCGCAGAAGAGGAAAAACCAGUGGAGCCCAAGGCCCCUCCAGCUACAGUGUCAACAGCGACCCAGCCUGAAGAUCAACCAAAGGAAGCCCAACCUGAACCCGUCUCACAAGAAGUAGCUCAACCUCAGCCAGUUGAGGUCCAGGAAGAAACUCAGCCUGAACCAACCCAACCAGAAACCCAGCCAGAGCCUCAGCCUCAACAGGAGGAAGUCAAGCCUGUGGAGGUCGCUAUACCAGAACCACUGCCGGAGGAAGUCAAGCCAGAGGAAGCCAAGGCGGAGGAAACUCCCGCAAAGGAAGCUGAACCAGUAGAAGCUCAACCGGUAAUAGCUUCAGCGGUAGAAGUGUAA